GGGAGGGGUGAGCUCUCUGCGGUGCAUCCUGCUGCUGGCUGCCCGCUGCCAGCCUCACAAUCACAACUACAAAUGCCUCCCACACGGUGUGGUGGUUGCCUUUGUGCUCUUGGGUUCCUCUGGCUGUUUGCAGUGGUGGAAACAAAGACCAGAACCUAUUACCUUGGUAUUGUGGAAGAGAACUGGGACUAUGCACCGUCUGGGAAAAAUCUGAUCACUGGACAAAGCCUCUUAGAAGACAAGUUUGCAAGUAUAUAUGCAACCAGAGGAGCCAAUCGGAUAGGACGUGUGUACAAAAAGGCUAUUUUUAGGCAAUUCACAGAUGACACUUACUCCCAGGAGAUCCCCAAAGCGGCCUGGCUGGGGUUCCUCGGGCCAGUUCUGAAGGCAGAAGAAGAAGAUGUCUUUAUUAUCCAUCUAAAGAACUUUGCUUCCCGCCCAUACUCUGUGCAUCCACAUGGGGUUUUCUAUGACAAGGACUCCGAAGGAGCACUUUACCCUGAUGGAACUGGUGGUAAAAGCAAAGAGGACGACUUUGUGGUUCCCGGUGGAAAUUAUACGUACACAUGGCCAGUAAGGAAAGAUUAUUCCCCAACUUCGGCAGACUCAAACUGCUUGACUUGGAUUUACCAUUCUCACAUUGACACACCAAGAGAUAUUGCAUCUGGUUUAAUUGGCCCACUGAUAGUUUGUAAAAAAGGAACUGCAGAUGAGACCUCAAUAGAAGGGACUGGUGCUGCUAACGCUUUUGCCCUGAUGUUUAGCAUUGUAGAUGAAAACUUCAGCUGGUACCUCGAUGAGAAUAUAAAUACCUUCUGCUUAGAACCAGCCACAGUUGACAAAGAGGAUGAAGGUUUCCAGACCAGCAACCGAAUGCAUGCUAUUAACGGUUAUAUUUAUGGCAAUCUCCCUGGCCUGGAGAUGUGUGCUGACACUUCCAUGUCCUGGCACCUAUUUGGCAUGGGAAGUGAGAUAGAUAUCCACGCUGCGUAUUUCUAUGGCCACACAUUCACUAACAGAGACCAGAGGGCAGAUGUCGUCGGUCUGUUCCCAGCAACGUUCAUCACAGCGGAGAUGACUCCUGGCAACCCUGGGAGGUGGCUGAUAACGUGCCAGGUUAAUGAGCACUUACGAGGUGGCAUGGAGGCACUAUAUGAUGUUCAGAUCUGUAAAAAAAACCUGUCUCGGCCUUUGCCAUUCAGUCAAAAGAGAAGAUAUUAUAUUGCUGCUGAAGAAGUGCUCUGGAAUUAUGGACCUGAUGGUUAUGAUAAAUUCACUGGACAGGGUUUAAAUGCCACUGGCAGUGAAUCUGCAAUAUAUUUCACACAAGGGACUGACAGAAUAGGAGGGCAAUACUGGAAAAUUCACUACGUGGAAUAUACCGAUGCAACGUUCAGUAAGAAAAAGAUUCGGUCAGAGGACAUGAAGCACCUGGGAAUACUUGGCCCUGUUAUAAAAGCUGAAGUGGGAGACACAGUGCUAGUUACUUUUGCCAACAAAGCCAAAAGGAGCUAUAGCAUUAUGGCCCACGGUGUAAGCUUCAGCAAGCUGUCGGAAGGUGCUCCUUACUCAGAUGGCUAUCUGAAGCCAGGAGCCCAUGUUAAGCCAGGUGAAACCUUCACAUACAAAUGGAGAGUGCCUGAAAAUGGAGGUCCAACAGAGAGCGACGCCCCAUGCCUGACCUACCUGUACUACUCGGCCACUGAUGCUGUCAAGGACACCAACUCAGGCCUUGUGGGGCCUUUGCUGGUCUGUCGGAAGAACACGCUGAACCACGACGGGACACAGAAAGGAAUAGACAGAGAAUUUUACCUCCUCUUUUCAAUCUUCGAUGAGAAUGACAGCUGGUAUCUGAACAAGAAUAUUGAAGCAUUUACUGGAGACCCUUCAAAAGUAGAUGAAAAUGAUGCAGGUUUCAAGGAAUCCAACAAAAUGCAUGCUGUCAACGGCUACUUGUUUGGGAACUUGCCGGGCCUGUCCAUGUGCAAGGAUGACAAGGUCUCCUGGCAUCUCAUCGGGCUGGGCAGUCACUACGACAUGCAUGGGGUUCAAUUUCAAGGAAACACCAUCGACCUGAGAGGGACAACGAGGGAUGGGCUUGCCUUAUUUCCCCAUUUAUCUGGGACAGCGCUGAUGCAGCCAGACCGUGUGGGCACAUUUAAAGUGGUUUGCAGGACAUUUGAUCACUUUGUCGGUGGGAUGAAACAUCUCUACGAGGUCAGCAGUUGCCGUAAUACCACCCGAGCCCAGCAGCAGCGUGGAGCCAUGAGGCUCUACUACGUUGCUGCAGAGGAGGUGGAGUGGGACUAUGCCUCAAAUAAGAGCUCAGCACCGAAGAUUUACAACAUCAGCAGCAAUGAGGAAAGCUAUGGGCAUGUUUUCCUGACCCACACGGAAGAUCUGAUUGGUUCAAAAUACAAGAAGGUGGUUUACAGGGAGUACACAAACAGUAACUUCACGCAGCGCAAAGUGAGGACGGAGGAGGAGGAACACUUGGAAAUCCUGGGGCCGUUACUCCAUGCUGAAGUUGGUGACUCUGUACUGGUUGUUUUUAAGAACAAAGCCAGCAGGCCUUAUUCAAUAAGUGCACAUGGUAUAGAAGAAGUGGGUUGUGAAGAACAACCUGAGACACCAAUUACCCUCCCCGGGGAAAUAAACACAUACAGGUGGAAUGUCCCAGAACGAUCUGGCCCUGGUAAAACAGAUCCAGACUGCAUCACUUGGGUUUAUUAUUCAACAGUGAAUUUUGUAAAGGACACAUACAGUGGUCUGAUUGGGCCUCUUGUAGUUUGCAGAAAAGGAAUUCUUGAUGAAAGAGGUCAAAGGAAAGACAUUGAUCGUGAAUUUACCCUUCUGUUCAUGGUGUUCGAUGAAAAUGAAUCCUGGUAUUUGAAAGAAAAUAUUGAAACAUACCUUCAUACAAACCCUGAUGAUUUUAAUUCUACUAAGGACUUUGUAGAAGGCAACAGCAAGCAUGCAAUCAAUGGGAAGAUCUAUAACAGUCUUCUGGGUCUAACGAUGAAUGAAGGUGAUAGGACAAACUGGUAUUUGAUAGGAAUGGGCAAUGAAGUGGAUAUACAUACAGUUCACUUCCAUGCACAGACCUUCAUCUUUAAGACAGAUAAGGACCACAGAGGAGAUGUGUAUGAUCUUUUUCCUGGGACCUUCCAGACAGUUGAACUGAUAGCAGAAAACCCUGGAACGUGGCUUCUGCAUUGCCAUGUAGCCGAUCACAUCCACGCUGGCAUGGAGACAACCUACACCAUCAAUAAAUCAGGACAACUCACAACUGAAGCAUAUGAUAAAACUACUGCAAAAAAUAAACCCACCGCAAAUGAUUAUGGCAGAGAAGAGGGCAAUUUUUUUGGCAAAACUUUGAGUCCUGGAGAAGCUAGCCUGAUACUUGCAGCCUUUUUUUUCAUUGGACUUGUUCUGCUGUCAACAGCAUUAAUCUUAUUCUGGCUCAUCACUCGCCAAAGAAGCAGGAUCCAGUACACAGCCCUGCAUGACAAAAGUGCACUUUUAUCAGAUUCCCUUUAAAUACCCACUUUUAGUUUCAUUCACAGAGCCGCACUGGAUUUCAUGACAUGCUGCUAAUAAAACUGGAGCAAGACACAUGCUGAUAGUCCUACCCCAUAGCCACUGCUCACAAGAAUGAACAUGAGCUGUAGGGUUCAGCUCCGAGACCCACGUACCACUUAUCACCAUUUCCACUCCUCCAGAGUUCAGUUGAGCUUUGCCCAAGAUCAAAUUCGGCAGAUGAACAGAGCAAUACGCAUCUCGGCUUCCAUGCUGCGAAGGAUUUAUCCACAGGAGUAAGAAGCAGGGAGCAUGGCAUCUACAUGAGGUUCACACUAGGGAAUAAAUACCACCAGGAGUUGUUUUAAACGUGCCAGCUUCUGGAAGAGCAGGUUUCAAUGUGGAAGUCCUCACGGUUUCCCAAAGUCUCACCCAAUGAAUUCACCAACAUUUAAGCUAUUUUCCCCUUUUACCCCUUGUUAAAUGAGGAAACUGGGGACAGAUUUUUAAAGGCAUUUUGGGACCUAACAAUACGUUUAGGAACCUGAUGGAGUUUAGCAGUGCCCCUGUUAUUGGCUCAUAACAGCUUUUGUUAAUCCCUUUAAAAAUCUAGCCCUGAGUAACCUCCGAGAAAGUUAGUUGACGGUAAUUGCUGCUUCUUGUGGUCCUGAUUCUGUACCUCUUUUAUUCCACCAAGCAGCACCUCACUCCCUAUUUGUAAUGAAGCCAUCAGGAGGUUGAUCUCUGCACUCUGCAAGGAAGACAGGUAGAAUCAGGCAUACUUAAUGAUGCUUGAAUGUUUAUAGCUUGUUUUUAAUUAGAUAGUGCUCACUCUUGCCUGCUCAUAUCAGCUACAGCUCUUGCAGAGGACCUCCAGAAGAAACAGAUCUGUGAACCUGUCUAACCCAAUUGGAUUUUGGGCAUAAAUUCAAAUGGCUGUUAUGUUUUUUUUUUUUUAAUUUUAUUUUUUCCAGUUCGGUGUUUUGAAGUAUGUUCAAAUGUAGGAAAGUUUACUGCCCAUCACUCUUAUUGCAGCUGGCAUCCUGGAACCAAUAUGUUGAAGUUUCUUAGAAGUUUCUCAGGUGUUUCUUUAUUCUUUGUUUUCCCCAGUCAUUUAAGAGCACACAUGUGAGAUAGAACUGCAGGACUGAGCCCGAAUAGGAGUUUCUCCGUAGCAAUAAACACUUUCAGACUCCUUCUCUACAUCUUCCCUUUGAGCUGACAAAACCAAAUACUCUAAGUCCUUUCAUCUUUUUGUUUUGUUAACA